CCAUCUUCUAUCCUUACUUGUUCCUGAAGAUGAAAGUGACAUUCAAAGAGACCCAGCCAAAGAAGACGGCCAAAAAUGAGGAGAUUGCGUUCGACCUAAAUGCUAUGCUUGCACAAGAAAUCGAGCAUUUGAAUAGAGACACCCCAGAAGACCGCAGAGUAAAAGAGGCAGUGAUUAUGGAAAAGGCAGAUCCCAAUAAGCUCAGAACUGAUGACGAUAGCGAUGAUAGUUCAUCAGAUAGCGAGGCUGCGGCCCCUCCUCCACCCCGUGAGAGACGCCGUUAUUACUACGAAGAUGACGAGUAUGAAGAUGACCUGGCUGUUCGUGAUCCCGAACUUUUCAAGAUCACAGAGAGUAACAGACAGAUUAUUAUUGAAGACAUGCCAGCUGUAGAAGAAACAAAGCCUGGAAAGCAGUUCAGAAGACCUCUUGAGCUUGUGUUCUCUGAACCACCAGUGACAAUCACAGAAACUAACCGUAUUAUUGUCACCAUGACCUACGGAAACUCUACAGUUCACACCACAAAAAAGUCGAGAAAGUAUUUAAUGGCAUAUGAUGGUGGAGAAGAGAGCAAAUAUGCUAUGCACUGGGCAAUGGGAACGAUGCUGCGAAGUGGUGAUGAAGUUCAUGUUGUAGGCGUAAUCAAUCUGGAAGAAGAUGUUGAUGAUAUGGAUGAGGAUGAGAAAAAAAGACUCUGGCAGGAGAUGGACCGUAAUUCAAAGACGCUGAUUUCCAACGUCCGAACAGUGCUAGGAGAUAUGCUGUUGUACAACAUCAAGAUCGCUCUUUACACAAUUGCUGGACAAACUAAGGAAGCACUUUUGAAUGUGAUAAGUGAAACUCCAUUGACGAUGGUUGUAUGUGGUUCUAGAGACCGCGGAUCAUUAAAAGGCAUGCUAAUGGGAAGCGUUUCCACUUUCUUGGUCCACAACUCUCCUGUGCCUGUAUCUGUGGUGCGUCCUCAAAAAACUGAAAAGAAGAGCAAAAAGAAACUGACUGCAGCUCAAAAAUUGAGUCAAAGUGUGCGCAAUGGCCAGCUUAAAGUAGACGAAGCUGAAGGAGCUGUCCCAAGUAUCAACGGACAUGAUGGAAUCUAGUCUUACCUCCAAAUAUACUUUCUCAUUAUAUAAUAUAUAUCUACGUUAUAAACCUUU